AUGGCUACAAAACAAGCACCUACGCGCCAAGCUAUCACCUUGAAAGGAUCUACAAAUCUAGUAACAGAAUUCUUCAAAUAUGCUGCCAACACGAUUCUUUUCCAGCGUGGAGUAUACCCUUCAGAUGACUUCCACAUGGUGAAGAAGUAUGGUCAGACUGUUUUGGUGACCCAGGACCUCGCUCUGGAGAACUACUUGGACCGAAUCCUGAAGCAAGUAAACAGAUCAGUCACGCAACUCGUUCUAGCAAUUAUAUCAAAGGACACGCGCACGCCACUUGAACGAUGGGUGUUUGAUAUCAACUUAGUUGAACAGCCUUCUGAUUCUACUUCCACUGAGCCUGCACCACCCAAACCUGAGGCGGAGAUUCAAGCAGAGAUCCGCUACAUCCUUAAGCAAAUCGUCUCUACUGUCACCUUCCUUCCGAUCAUUGACGAACCCACCGUUUUCAACAUCCUUGCAUACACACAUGAGUCUGUCGAUAUACCCGCGGACGAGUGGGUAGACACCGACCCUCUCGCUAUCGAGGCUAGUAAAAGUCAACAGGUAAAGUUGAGGAGCUUCAGCACAGAUGUGCAUCGUAUAGAGGCGAUGGUAGCUUAUAGGUAUGAUGGUUGA